AUGAUAGGAUUUGGCAUUCUACAAAGAAAAUACAAAAACAAUAGACGUCACAAAACAGUUUCCGGUAAAACAGAAACAGAAUCUCAGUUUGUGUCCGAUUCCAUUGAAGGACAUUAUAGAUUCGCUGCAGUGGCAUCUGAUGCUGGCUCUCCAUGUGCAAGGAUCGGAACCCACAUCAUGAGACGACGUCAUGGGUCAGCUGUAGAUGCAGCCAUUGCCACUCUACUAUGCCAGUGUAUUUCUAACUUCCACAGUUGUGGAAUAGGUGGUGGCUUCUUCAUGACUGUCUAUAACAAGGAGAGUAGAUCUGCAUACACGAUCAUGGCUCGUGAGAUGGCGCCCAGUGAAGCUAAUGAGACCAUGUUUGUAGGUAGAUCAUCAACAGAAGGUGGAUUGGCUGUUGGUAUUCCUGGCGAGAUACGUGGUCUUUGGUUAGCUCAUCAGAUCGGCGGUAAACUACCAUGGAAAGACUUAUUUCAGCCAUCAAUCAAAUUAUGUCGAGAGGGUAUUGUGGUAGGAACCCCAGUCGCCUUUGCCAUGUCUCGUCAAAUCGAAACUAUCAAAACAUUUGAUGGGUUAAAAGAUUUAAUAGCAAACCCAGCAACAGGGCAUUUCUAUGAGGCUGGGGAUAUUGUAAAAAUGCCAAAAUUAGCCAGAACUUUGGAUAUCAUUGCUAAUGAAGGUGUUGAUGCAUUCUAUAAUGGCAUUUUGAGUAAAGAUAUAGUGGCGGACAUACAGGAUGCGGGAGGUAUCAUUACUGAGAGCGACCUUGCUGGGUACACGGCACUAAGAAAAGAUCCGUUGGUAGUUAGACUAAACACAGACAAAACUGUGUUUUCUCCUCCACCACCGUCAAGCGGAGCAAUUUUACAGUUCAUAUUGAAUAUACUUGACGGAUAUAACCUGCACGAGAAAAGUCUUUCUUGUAAACAAAAAGAAAUUGUAAUAUGGCAUAGAAUCAUAGAAGCGUUUAAGUUUGGCUUUGCUAAACGAACUAGCCUUGGCGAUGGAGAUGCUGAAAACGAGGCUUUUAGAAAAGAAUUAAACGAGUUGCUAAGGACCUUAUCGUCUGAGGUAUAUGCAGAAGAGAUACGUUCUCAGAUUUUGGAUAGUCAAACUUUCGGAACAGACUACUACGGACCAACUUUCUUUGAUGGAUUAAAUUCGUCAGGAACUUCACACUUGUCGUUACUAGCUCCUAAUGGAGAUGCUGUAUCGGUAACCAGUACCAUCAAUCUUUUUUUCGGAUCUAAAGUUGUUGGAAGUCGAACUGGUAUAAUAUUUAACAACGAGAUGGACGAUUUCUCUACACCAAACACGGUUAACUCUUUUGGGCUUCCUGCAUCUCCAGCAAAUUUUAUAAAACCUGGGAAACGGCCACUUUCCUCAAUGUCUCCUAGUAUUGUAGUUGGUCCUGACGGCGUGGUCAAUCUAAUUGUUGGAGCCUCGGGUGGUACAAAGAUAAUUACAUCCUCAGUACUGGUUACAGUUUUAACACAAUGGUUAGGAUUUAGUAUAAAGGAAGCCAUUGACCACAGAAGAUUACAUCAUCAGUUACUUCCUCCAAAUAUUGCUGUUGAAAGAGGAUUUCCAGAAUUUAUUCUCGAUGGAUUAGUUUUACGUGGCCAUAAUAUAACAGUUCAAGACAGUGCAGGGUCUGUAGUACAAGGGGUACUUCAACGACAGGAAAGCUGUGUUACUGCUAAUUCGGACUUCCGCAAGGAGGGUUUGCCCGAUGGAUUUUAG